ACUUUGCAAAGGUAUGGCGGGGAGAGUGUGAAUGUCAGCAUAGAAGGCCGUCAAGAUACUUUGCUUCGUGUGGAAAGAGGAUCUAAGAGAAGGAGAGGUGGACUUCUUUCGGGAGACUUGCCCUCUUAUCUGCUGAAGCUAACGUUUUUGCCGAACACGCCGUGCAGAAUUACCGGAGUGAAUGUGUACACUUGAGUGCACGUCCGGCUGGGUGUGCAGUGAGUAGUGAAGCUUUGCUAAUUGUAGUUGGCAUUGUCCCUCCGCGGAGCGGUUUUCUGUGAACAUGAUUUGUACUUUCCUACGAGCUGUACAAUAUACGGAAAAGCUGCACAGGUCCUCGGGCAAGCGAUUGUUUUUGCCACACUUUGUACGUAACAAAUCUUGCUUGAAGACUGAGCCCGGUUUGAGAUGGUUGCACGAGCAGAAAACAACGCUGCGACCUACCUGUAUCCUUGGAGUCACCCCGAAAACCAUCUGGACGCAGGGACAGAGCCCACAGAGAGCAAAGGAAGACAGCAGCAAACAAGUAUCUGUGCACAGUCAGAGUGGGGAAACCGCCAUCUCAACGGCACAGAAAGUGAAAGACGCUGGAAGAGAUUUUUCCUACCUGAUAGUGGUGCUUGUUGGAAUCACCGUCACAGGUGGCUUGUUUUAUACAAUUUUCAAAGAGCUUUUUUCUUCAUCCAGUCCUAGCAAGAUAUAUGGGAAAGCCUUAGAAAAGUGCAGGUCACACCCCGAGGUUAUAAGUGUCUUUGGUGAGCCUGUUAAAGGCUACGGAGAGAUGACAAGACGUGGUCGAAGGCAGCAUGUCAGUUUUAUUGAAUAUGUAAAAGACGGGCUGAAACACAUGCGUGUGAAAUUCUACAUCGAGGGCUCCGAGCCCGGGAAGCAAGGCACAGUGCACCUUGAAGUGAAAGAGAACCCAGAAAGUGGCGAAUAUGAGUUUCGAUAUAUAUUUGUAGAACUUGAAGCCUAUCCUAGGAGGACUAUUGUCAUUGAAGAUAAUCGAACCUAAGAGAAGUAGAAGAGCCAGCAAGCAUGCUGUGAACUGAGGGAUGGAUGGUGCAGACAGACGCUCAGCUCUGGUCUUCACGGCUCUCCCAGAGGCGAUUUGGAAUAAGACAGGAAAGGUAGCGCUCAUAAAAGCGAGUGGAACUGGGUGGUUGCUGCAUCUAGGCAGACGGCGUUAGAGAUGAUUCCUUGUAGAGCGAAAAAUCAUGAAAUAGAGAAUAUUUUAUGUUAUCUUAUUGAAUCACCGAUCAAGGGCAGUAUUUCUGCUCUACUAACAUCCUCUUUCAUGGUAAGAAAUUUUUGUUAAAAAUUUCACACCAUGUAAGUAAGAAACUAGAGUUCGGUGUUUUGUGCUUUUUUUAUGUUCUAUCGCUGUAUAAAAUAAAGACUAGCAGAAAGAUGUCACAA